AUGAAGCUUGUGCCUUUGACAGCGCUCACACCUGUCAGACGACCAUUGAGCAGAACAGCCCAUUAUCUGUGGUCCGUGUACUGCUGUCCUGCCCCUCUCGGCUCAGACCUCCUCACUCUCCUGUGCCUCUGCUUAACUCUCUCCAUCACCACUGGAUCCCUGCUUUACAACUGGCUCUGCAGGACUCUCAAAUACUCCCAUGAUGCCUCAGUCCAGACCGCCAGCAUCUACAGCGCGGCCAUGUUUGUAGUCUGCACCCUCUGCCACCCUCUCCGCUGCAUCCUGACCAUGACCCUGCCCACGGCCUGCACCAAAGAGGGACGCAAGCUCCUGAUAUCGGCCUCCUGUCUUCUCCUUGUGGUCAAUGUGCUUCCAAACAUCAGCUCAAACAUCGGGGCUGUCGUAUUCAUUCUGAAAUGCACCACGGAAGGCUUCACACGCACUCUUCUCAACUCAUCUGAGCCCUUGAACAAAGCCAAGAACGACUUAGUGGAAGAAACCAUCAAAGUGGCAAAAGAUGAUUUGAAUAUUGUCAGCAAUUUACGAAAUUUCGAUCAGUACACUCGCAUUGAUGUGUCGGAGGUGACGUUGUAUUUCAUAGCCAUGGCUUCAACAGUGGCUUUGGACUAUGUUGUGUUUGGCAUAGUGGAGGUGAUGGUGCCCUGGCUGCAGGACUUUCCAACAACAUCUGCAAGCAUCGACGUGGACUUUAAGGUGAAGUGGUUCCCUCCAGUUUUCUGCCUCAUCCCGAGCUCGUGCGUCACCCAUGAGCUCACGAGCUUCCACCGUGAUUACAAAUGGAGCUUUGCGCCUGGGACGUCACUCUGUGAAGUCACCACGUCCCGUCCCAGCGCCCCGGUCACUCUGAUGCUCAUGAUUCUGUGGCUUUUCAGCUAUUUCCUAAUCUUUGUGGAAGUUUACGCUGGACGCAUGCGCCGUAAGAUCUGCGCGUCUUUCUUUGGAGCGCGCGAACAGAGACGCGCGGCUCUCGGGGCUCGUGCACUUCAUGUGUGUGUGGUGACGCUGUGA